UGAAUUCGUGACAGUGAGUGUGUGCAUGCUCACAGUAAAGUGUCAUUGGUCGCGGUAUUACAGCAAUCGGGAGUUGGAGCACAGUCACGAGAUUUCGUUGGUGCUGGCGCAGCUGUGGCCGAAAGAGACGAUCACCGACGGCACGUUGGUAGGACUCUUGUGCGGGAAGAUCGAUAAGGGCAGGCGAGCAACAAUCGCCUACGAGCUUCUCACGUUCUUGUCUCAGCUCGUCGACGACCUGCCGACAGACAUCAUUUCCUACAAUCCGAGCGAUCCAAUCCAGGUUGAACCUGUGACUCUGGAAAGGAAGUUGACGCCAACCGUAAUCUGGGCGAAUUGCACAAAGGAUUACGGGCAGUAUCUAAGCGAUCACGAUCCUACGUUUUGGUGCUACUUGGACCUGGACGAACUUGUGCUGGAUAACUCCGACUUCGACGAGUUUUGGAAGGCCCAUCGGGAGAACGGGGAACUGCCGUCGGACGACGACCCGGGUCGCAUAGCCAUCGUCGGGCUAGCACAUGAAGAGGAGUCGGAAGCACAGUCGGCGUCAAAGGAAGAAGAAGAGGCGUCAGCACCCGAGCCCCGAGAGGCUCCUCCAGCAUGAGCAUCGCCUAUCAUCCGGGGGGGAUCCGCGUUGAAUCCCGCCAAUCCCUCAGACGCCACUAGUCGACACAAUGGCGCAACAACCUCCCGUCGGUGCCGCCGCUCUCGCUCACCAUCUCCCUCCGCUUCCGCCCCCUCCACGCUUCGUCCCCGUCCUCCUCCCAGCGUACCGUCCUUGUCUCGUCUUCCGCCGCCCCCUUGAUUACCUCUCCUUCCGUCCCCUCCCCCACCUUGAAUUCCCUCUGGACUAUC